UCCAUCCAGCAACCUGCUCUGAAAUCUCUCGGAUUACAAGCGCAGAAGAACAAGCAGAAGCUCGCUUUGCUCCUCCGUCAAGGUUGCUCAGAGAAUCGGCUGGGCUCCGGCGCUGAUCGAUCCCCAAAGCUCCAAGACUUUGGAAACUUCCCAGGAGCUCCGGUGCAAAGGAGAUGGCCAACAGUGGUCUACAGAUGCUGGGCUUCAUCCUGGCCUUCGUCGGCUGGGUGGGCUUGAUCAUCAGCACAGCCAUGCCCCAGUGGAAAAUUAACGCCUAUGCUGGGGAGAACAUUGUGACAGCCCAGGCCAUCUACCAAGGUCUCUGGAUGAACUGCGUCACGCAGAGCACAGGGCAGAUGCAAUGCAAAGCCUUCGACACCUUGCUCAGCCUCCCAAGUAUUCUCCAGGCAACUCGGGCUUUGAUGGUGGCCUCCAUCCUCUUGGGGCUCAUUGCCUUCUCCAUCUCCUUAAUCGGAAUGAAGUGCAUGAAAUGCAUGGAGGAUGACCAGGUCCAGAAGAUGAGGAUGGCCAUUAUCGGAGGCAUCUUCUUCCUGGUUGCAGGAUUUGCCGCCCUGGUGGGGACCUCUUGGUAUGGAAACGAGGUCGCACGCCAAUUCUUCGACAUUUACACGCCUGUCAACACCAGAUUUGAAUUUGGACCCGCUCUCUUCAUCGGCUGGGCAGCUGCGGCCCUGACCAUCCUGGGAGGGGGCUUCCUGUGCUGCUCCUGCCCUCGCCGCGAAACCACCUACCCGCCGAGCCGGCCGUACCCCAAGUGCGCCCCCUCUUCCGGGAAAGAUUACGUAUAACCCAGAAUGGAGACGGAGUAAAUUGCCUUGGCAUUUAAGAAACCAAAGGGACGCUGACUUCUCGUUGUCCUUCAGAAAGCAGGGCGUGUGCCUUCGCUCCCUCGCCCUGCUCUCCCUUGCGUAAAACAAAUGCGUAUAUUUAUAUCGAUGCCAUCCAUGUGUAGCCAUUUCUGCUCCCGCAUGGGCAAAUUCGUCCCCAUCCUUCCGACAGAUGAGGAGGCCCCAAACAUGUACAUAGCUGCUGUGAAAUGGCACCAAAUGUAUCUCCCUUUCCUUGAGGGUGUGAGACAGGCAGCCCCACCACCUCCCCCCAAAUAUUGUUUGUGUAUUCCCUCUUUAUUCCCUUCUUACGUUAGGGCACUCAAGCAUGGGCCUGCCGCCUCAUUCUGCUUUUCCUUUGUAUAUAUUUCGACGCUGAAGCGGCAGAAGGGGCACAGGUCUAGCGCAGGAGGCCAGAGGUUUCAAAACCUUGAAUGAGGGUCUGCUUGAAGAAUCCGUUUGAAUGCAUGGAUGUGUUGGGUUUCUGUUCCUCUCCCCAAACCCCAAACCCUUUGCCAAGGACUAGUUGGGCCCCAGAGUGGCCCCAGUCCUCCUGUUUUUCCUGCAUGCACAGAAGUAAGGCAGAAGGCCUCUGGUCAGAGAAGAUGACCGUGUUUGAAUUCCCCCAAGGUGCUUGGCUAAGGAGACACCAUUCCACAGCUAAGGGUGGACCUAAGGAGUUGGCCUCUGAGAUUUUGCUGCCUGAGGGCAAGGGCAAGAAGGGAGCAUGGAUGCCUCAGGUCCAGGUUUGAGUUACAGCAUCAUAGCAUUGUAGAGUUGGGAGGGACCCUCAAAGGUCAUGUUGCCAAACCCCCUGCAAUGCUAUAGAAUUGGCCAGCCUGAAAAAUCUCCAGUGAAGGAGAGUCCACCACCUUCCAUUGUUGAAUGGCUCUUAGACUCAGAAAGUCUUUCCUUGUGUAGACGGAAUCUCCUUUCUUGUAACUUGAAUCCAUUGGCUCAGGUCCCCCCUCCAGAGCAGCGGAAAAACAAGUUUGCUCCAUCUUAUAAAAAUAAUAAUCUUCCACGUGAAAAGUCCUUCAGACACUUCCCUGUCUCUCAUAAAACUCCCUGGGUGACCGUGAUAAAGACUGAAGAUCUGCGUGCACCUACUUGGGAGUAGACUCCCUUGACACCAGUGAGAUUUACUUCCCUUCUCUCUCAACCAAAGCCUGCCUCCUAAACCUCCCCAGUUUGUGGUUCAGUCCAAAUUUAUCCCUGCCUGUCUGUAUUAAUUGGCUAAACUUCAGUGCCUGUGUGAUGGCAGGGUGGGUUGGGUUGGGGGCUUAUCUAUGAGGAUGUUGUAUAAAGUGUUGACUGUUUUCAAUAAAUGUAACCUUUUCCUUUUUUUAAAGAAACCAUGUCUCUGUUUUGCUACUUAUUUUUU